CAACAACCUGCCAAGACAACGCAAGACCAUUUGAGAGAGGAACCGUGGCUUCGAAGCCUUUGCACAACGUUCGCUGUUGAUCAGUCACAUAGCUCGGUGUCAUCCGGUGAGAGGUAAGAUUGCAUCUCCAAUCCCAGGGAAACGGAUCGAGCUAGCUCGCUCGCUGCGUAGCCUCUGCCAUCGUGAAGAUCAUGAGAGGGGAGAGAAGCCGAAGAGAAGCUGAUGUGUACAAAGCCAAAAUAGGUCGAGACGCUAUUAUCGAUAUCCACGUGCGAAGGUACUCGUUGAAGCCUUACUACUUCCAUCCAAAGUCGACGGGCGUUAGUGGCAAGAGGGUUCAAGGCAGGACUCAUAUAUCUUCAGGAGGCCCAUCGAAGAUUCGCAGACAGUCAGACGUCAGCAUCAACGUCAGCGUCAGCACACCAAGUGCCGCCUUCCAAGUACCGCACCGCACCAUACCAUACCAUACCAUACGAAAGUCACCACUGCCGACCUCGCACCUCUGUACCUCCCCCUCUCACACAAGCAAAGAAAAGUUCGACAUUCCAAAGAAAAGAGAGAGUCGACACGAGCUGGGGUGCCAAAUCCAUCCACCUUGCGUCCAGGGUCUCGAUUCGUCAACAGGCACCAACAUCCUGGAAAGCGGGGACUUGGUUCUCUGCUCUGAGUUGUCGAGACUGCCCAUCCCCGACCCGGGAAGUUGGUUCGCCCGCGCAGAGACCUCCGCCACAGAGUCUCUCUUCGCCGGCCUGAUUUAAUUCGCAACUCGUGCGAGCAGAGCGAGGAUAUUUCGAUCCAAGCCCCAAGCCCACAAGCCCGCAAGCCA